AUGAACGCUGCCAAAUUUGGAAUGGAGAAGGCCUGUCUGCACAAGCAGCAUUUGUUUUUGGUAUAAAAUACUAUAGCUCCUAAUCAUAAUAUUUAAAUAAAAUAUAAAAAAUCAUCAAAUGCUAUUAUUUAACCAGGUGUAGAUUUCCUAAAUUUGAUUAAUUUAUUUAUAAAAAAAAUUUGGAUAUAUCUCAAAAAAAAAAUGAGAAAUAAAAAUUAAGUGGAAAAUGAAAAUGCUGCAUUAGAGUAUUACAGAAGAAGCCAGGUAAAAUUAUUCCAUUUAAUAAUUUUUAGGAAUUCAAAAUUACUUAUAGAACUGAAGAAGCAUUAUUGGAAAUUAAUAAUGCUCUGGAUCUUAAUCCUGAAUUUGCAGAAGCCUAUACUUUAAGAAGUUCAUUGUUUUGAAUAUCAAUUUAGGUGAAUUAUAUGAAAAAAUGAAAUUUUAUGAUAAGGCUUUGGAAGAUGUAAAUUAUAGCAUAUCAAUAAAAAAUAAUAAUGCUGAAAGUUAUUAUUAAAGAGGUAUAUAUUAGAUGUGAUAAUUUAAGGAACAAUUUAUUGGAGAAAAUAAUUAUUUGAUCUAGCAUUAUAAGAUUGUAUGAAGUGUGUUUAGAUUAAUCCAAACAUUGCAAUGUGUUAUAGUAGAAUGGGUAAUAUAAAAACAUAAAUGUAUAGGCACAAUUAUGAGAGAUUUGAAAAAAAAAAAUAAUGAACUCAAAUAUUACAAUAAAGCUAUAGAAGAAGAUGGGAAUUGUUAUUAUGCUUAUAUGUGUAGAGGUCACAUAAAAUAUAUAUUUUAAGGGCUUUAUUAUAAGGAUGAGCAAAAAAUUGACUAGGCUCUUAAAGAUUUCAAUUAAGUUAUUCAAAUUAAUCCAAACUAUGCAAUUGCCUAUCACAAUAGAGGUAAAUACUAUUAAACUUAAUCAGCCCAUUUAUACGAGGGUAUUGGUAAAAAAGAAAUUGCAUUAAAUGACUAUAAUCAGGCAAUCCAAUUAAAUCCGAAAUAAGCAAUAUCCUAUUGCAAUAGAGGUAAAAUAAUACACUUAAUAAAUUAGGAAAUUUAUUUUACAAUAUUGGUCGGUAUGUAAUAGCAUUAAAUGACUAUAAUUAAGCUAUCCAACUUGAUCCAAAUGAUGCAAUGGCUUACUAUAAUAGAGGUGAAUACUAUUGAACUUAUUAUAAUAGCCAGCUUAUAUUACAAAAUUGGUGAAUUAGAAAAAGCAUUACUUGACUAUAAUCAAGUAAUCCAACUUGAUCCAAAAUAUGUAGUUGCCUAUUUCAAUAGAGGUGAAUAAUUAUAAAUUAAUAUAUUAGGUAAUUUAUAUGUUGACAUUGGUGACAAAGACAAAGCAUUAAUUGAAUAUAAUCAAGUAAUCCAACUUGAUCCAAAAUAUGCGAAUGCCUAUAUUAAUAGAGGUAUAAGCUAUAACCAUAAUUUUUUAGCUCUUUUAUUUGAAGAUAUUGGUGAAAUAGACAAAGCAUUAAUUGACUAUAAUCAAGCAAUUCAACUUAAUCCAACCGAUGCAAUUGCCUAUUUUAAUAGAGGCAAAUACUAUUUAAUAUAAUUUAUUAGCUUGUCAAUAUUAAAAAACUGGUGAGCAAGAAUUAGCAUUAAAUGACUAUAAUCAAGCAAUCCAACUUGAUCCAAAUGAUAUAAUGGCGUACUUCAAUAGAGGUCAAUAUUUUUAUAACUUAAUAUAUUAGCCAGUUUAUAUUGUAAAAUUGGUGACAUAGAAAAAGCAUUACUUGACUAUAAUCAAGUAAUCCAACUUGAUCCAAAAUAUGCAGUUGCCUAUUUCAAUAGAGGUGAAUAAUUUUAACUAAAUAUAUAGGGAAUUUAUAUGAUAAUAUUUGUGACUAAGAAAAAGCUUUGAAUGACUAUAAUCAAGCAAUCCAACUUGAUCCAAAUCAUGUAAUGACCUACUAUAAAAGAGGUCAAUAUUAUUUAAUUUAUUAUAAUAGCCAGCUUAUAUUACAAAAUUGGUGACAUAGAAAAAGCAUUACUUGACUAUAAUCAAGUAAUCCAACUUGAUCCAAAAUAUGCAGUUGCCUAUUUCAAUAGAGGUGAAUACUUUUUAGCUUCAUGUUUAAGGCACUUUACAUUAUAAUAUUGGUGAAAAAGACAAAGCAUUAAUUGACUAUAAUCAAGCAAUUCAACUAAAUCCCAAUGAUGCAAUGGCUUAUUCUAAUAGAGGUGAAUACUUUUUAACUUAAUACAUAAGGCACUUUAUAUUACAAUAUUGGUGAAAAAGACAAAGCAUUAAUUGACUAUAAUCAAGCAAUUCAACUAAAUCCCAAUGAUGCAAUGGCUUAUUCUAAUAGAGGUGAAUACUUUUUAACUUAAUACAUAAGGCACUUUAUAUUACAAUAUUGGUAGCAAAGUCAAAGCAUUAAAUGACUAUAAUCAGGCAAUCCAACUUGAUCCAAAAGCUGCAAAAACAUAUUUUAAUAUAGGUAAAUAUUUUCUUAUAGAAUUUUAGGUAAAACUUUAAAUGAUUUGAAUUAAUAUGAACAAGCAAUAAUCUGCUAUAAUAAAACGAUUCUAUUAGAUCCAAAUUAUGCUUAUGCCUAUAACAACAAAGGUUUUAUACUAAAUAUUAUUUAGCAAUUUCAUUAGAAAAAUUGAACCAAAUUUCUUAAGCCCUAAUAAAUUUAUAAAUAGCAUUAUAAUUAAACCAUCCUUCUUAAAAUUAUAUUUCUUAAUAAAUCAGCAUACUUAGAGCAAUAAAAUGA